UCUGAGUCAAACGUCGAUUUGAAGCAAUAGAUGUCUUUUGGCACAGAUAGCUACGACACGUUUGCAUGCAGGGGAGCCCAUUGUUGCUCCUCACUGGCCCCCUACGGUAGGAUGGUGCUGAGACAACACUAAAACUUUUAAGACCAAAGUGUGACACACAGCACAACAGCUAAAUUUGCCAGCGAGCACACCAGUUGGAGUCUACUCCCUCAUCUUUGCACUAACAUAUGCAUUGAUCUGAUCUCUGACCCUGUAAGAACCCACGCCGCCUUUCAGCCCAACCAUGAGGGACAGACUGAGCUACAUGCAGGAGUUGUCCAGCAACCAUGAGGAGGAAAAGAAGGAGACCGGAGAUUCUGUCUUUUCAGACACUCUGAGCAACGUGGACCUGGAGGACGAGCUCACCCACGAGGCGGUGGUGUUUGACAACAGCCCGGCUAUGGCCAAGGUCUUUUCUCAGGCACAGGACAUCCACAAAGAAGUCCAGCUCAUUCGUCUGGAGGUGAAAAGGCUCAGGGAGCAGAACUCUCGUAUUCUCCAGGGUGUCAGCACCAUGAGUAUCAUCAAAAGGGACGCCAAUGCAAUUGGCGCCGAUAUAAAAACACGGGCUGAACGCGUGCUGUCGCACCUGCGGGACAUGGAUAGCACGGCCUACAAGUUAGAAGAGGAGCACGGCUCCAACUCCGCCAUUGCCCGCAUCGCGAGAACGCAGUACGCCUCCCUGAGUAAUGGCUUCCGCGACGCCAUGUUUGACUACAACGAAGCCGAGAUGAGCCAUCGCGACAACUGCAAAGCUCAGAUCCAGAGGCAGAUGACGAUCGUGGGCCGCGAUGUGACGGGCGAUGAGGUGGAGGAAAUGAUCGAGCAGGGUCAGUGGAACAUCUUCACCGACAACAUCAUGGCGGAAGGCAAGACUGCCCGCUCGGCGCUGUCUCAGAUAGAGUCGCGCCACCAGGAGCUGUUGGAUCUGGAGAACCGUAUCAAAGGGAUCCACGAGAUCUUCCUGGACGUCGCCUUGCUGGUGGAGGAGCAGGGCCCCAUGCUGGACUCCAUCCAGACCAACGUGCAGAAAACGGACGAGUACAUUCAGGACUCCCUUUUCAAACUGGGCAAAGCCAAGCGUCACGACAGGAAUAAUCCGUUUAAGAAGAUGUUUUGUAGUUGCUUCCCGUGCUUUGAUUAACAGGCAUUGGGAGGAGCAUGCAGAUCUACUCUUGUUUCUCCAGGAAGUUAAAACCAUCAAAUUAUUGUCGCUGUGGUUUAGAAUAUGUACCUCAAACCAGGAAACUAGAGAAAUACUGUACAACACAAUUAGUUGGGCUUAUUCAGUUUAACAAUCCAAUUGUAAUUUACUAUGCUCACUAAAGUAAGGUUACUACUGUGUAUGUAUAUAUAUAUAUAUAUAUAUAUAUAUAUAUAUAUAUAUACAGUGGGGCAAAAAAGUAUUUAGUCAGCCACCGAUUGUGCAAGUUCUCCCAAAUGAUGACAGAGGUCUGUAAUUUUCAUCAUAGGUACACUUCAACUGUGAGAGACAGAAUGUGAAAAAAAUCCAGGAAUUCACAUUGUAGGAAUUUUAAAGAAUUUAUUUGUAAAUUAUGGUGGAAAAUAAGUAUUUGGUCAACCAUUCGAAGCUCUCACUGAUGGAAGGAGGUUUUGGCUCAAAAUCUCACGAUACAUGGCCCCAUUCAUUCUUUCCUUAACACGGAUCAAUCGUCCUGUCCCCUUAGCAGAAAAACAGCCCCAAAGCAUGAUGUUUCCACCCCCAUACUUCACAGUAGGUAUGGUGUUCUUGGGAUGCAACUCAGUAGUCUUCUUCCACCAAACACGACGAGUUGAGUUUAUACCAAAAUGGAUACAUGGAUGAUACAGCAGAGGAUUGGGAGAAUGUCAUGUGGUCGGAUGAAACAAAAUAGAACUUUUUGGUAUAAACUCAACUCGUCGUGUUUGGAGGAAGAAGAAUACUGAGUUGCAUCCCAAGAACACCAAACCUACUGUGAAGCAUGGGGGUGAAAACAUGCUUUGGGGCUGUUUUUCUGCUAAUGAUGACCUCUGUCAUCAUUUGAAGUGGGAGAACUUGCACAAUCGGUGGCUGACUAAAUACUUUUUUGCCCCACUGUAUAUAUAUAUAAAUAUAUAUAUGUGUGUGUGUGCUGACCUACUUAUUUAAAAGCACUGUAAAGCAAUGGAAUCAUUUGUAGAUCACACAAACCUGAAGGAAAUUAUUUUAAUAUCCAUGAGACAUAAAAUGUGCUCUGUCUUUUUAUGAAUAAUGAAAGUAUUGCUGCUGUGUUCAACCUGAAUCCACUGUCAAAAGGAUUAUUUAAUGUGUCAUUGCUAUCCAUUGAUGUGUCUGUACUUUGUGCAUUGCCUAUUGAUUGAAUCUGUGUAUGUAAAUAUUGUAAGCUCAUGCUCAGCUGAUUCAAAGUACUCAUACAUAUCAUGUAAUAAAAUAUUUUGAAUGUCCUACACCUACAAA